CGUCGCCCUUGCCGCCAUGUUUGUUAUGGGCAGACUCCUGAGGCGGACAGCUAGAGAGCCGGGCACCGAGCUCCUGCGCUCGGAGGAGACCAGACUGCGGCUCCUCCCGAACGCGCCCGGCGGUCUGCGAACCCGCGUCCAUGACCCAGCCCUCCGAGUGAUCCGCCUGCCUUCGGGGCCAUCUGGGGGUGCAGCCCCCGACCUCUCCACCCACAAAGCCAGGGUCCUGAAGACUGCUCUGGGAAAAAGGAAGGAUGCCACUCUUCUUCCGGAAGCGGAAACCUAGCGAGGAGGCUCGGAAACGCCUGGAGUACCAGAUGUGUCUGGCAAAAGAAGCUGGGGCAGAUGACAUUCUGGACAUCUCUAAAUGCGAGCUCUCAGAGAUUCCAUUUGGGGCCUUUGCAACGUGCAAAGUUCUGCAGAAGAAGGUGUUGAUCGUCCACACAAAUCACCUGACCUCCCUGCUUCCCAAGUCCUGCAGCCUCCUGAGUCUCGCAACUAUCAAGGUUCUGGACCUCCACAGUAAUCAGCUUUCAACCCUUCCUGAUGAUAUAGGGCAGCUGACAGCCCUCCAGGUAUUGAAUGUGGAACGGAAUCAGCUGACAUAUCUGCCUCAUUCCAUCGGGAACCUGACGCAGCUCCAGACCCUCAAUGUGAAAGGCAACAGGCUGAAGGAGCUGCCAGACUCCCUGGGGGAGCUCCGUAGCCUGCGCACCCUGGAUGUCAGCGAGAAUGAGGUGCGGAGGCUGCCGCAGAUGCUGGCCCACGUCCGGACCCUGGAGAAUUUAAACCUACACGGUCACACGUGGCCGCCGCACCGGGCAGUGCCGUUGGAGUUUGUGCUCUUACGUCUCACGAGGCAAUACUUUGGAGCCAUUUUGCAGACGCUGAGCCUCGACUCCUCAUCCAUGGUCUACCCCCCGCAGGAGGUGUGCAGCGCCGGCACCGCGGCCAUUCAGCAGUUCCUGUGCAAAGAGUCAGGGCUGGAAUACUACCCCCCUUCUCAGUACCUGCUGCCAGUCCUGGAGCAAGAUGGAGCCGAGAACUCCCGAGACAGUCCUGAUGGGCCCACGGACAGGUUCUCGAGGGAGGAAGUUGAGUGGCAGAACAGGUUCUCAGACUAUGAGAGGAGGAAGGAACAGAAGAUGCUGGAGAAACUGGAGUUCGAACGGCGCCUGGAACUCGGGCAGCGAGAGCAGGCCCAGCUGCUCCAGCAGGGCAGCAGUCAGAAGGACGAGAUCCUUCAGACAGUCAGGGAGGAGCAGUCCCGGCUGGAACAGGGCCUGAACCAGCGCCAGCGCCACCUGGACGCCGAGCGGCAGCGGUUGCUGGAGCAGCUGAAGCGGACAGAGCAGAGCAUCUCCAGCCGGAUCCAGACGCUCCUGCAGGAGAAUCAGAGGCAAAAGAAAAGUUCCGAGAUUUUGAAGUCACUGGAAAAUGAAAGAAUAAGAAUGGAGCAGCUGAUGUCCAUAACCCAGGAGGAGACUGAGAGCCUGCGGCGACGAGAGGUCGCCUCGGCCAUGCAGCAGAUGCUGACUGAGAGCUGCAAGAACCGGCUCAUCCAGAUGGCCUACGAGUCUCAGAGGCAGACCCUGGUCCAGCAGGCCUGUUCCAGUAUGGCUGAAAUGGAUGAGCGGUUCCAGCACAUUCUGUCCUGGCAGCAGAUGGAUCAGAACAAAGCCAUCAGCCAGAUCCUGCAGGAGAGCGCGAUGCAGAAGGCCGCCUUCGAGGCUCUGCAGGUGAAGAAGGACCUGAUGCACCGGCGGAUCCGGAACCAGAUUAAGUUAAUAGAGACUGAGUUAUUGCAGCUGACACAGCUGGAGUUAAAGAGGAAAGCCCUGGACACAGAGACACUGCAGGAGAUGAUCUCGGAGCAGCGCUGGGCCCUGAGCUCCCUGCUCCAGCAGCUGCUCAAGGAGAAGCAGCAGCGCGAGGAGGAGCUCCGGGACCUCCUGACGGAGUUAGAAGCCAAGAGCGAAACCAAGCAGGAAAAUUACUGGCUGAUUCAGUAUCAGCGACUUUUGAAUCAGAAGCCCCUGUCCUUGAAGCUGCAGGAAGAAGGCAUGGAGCGCCAGCUGGUGGCCCUCCUGGUGGAGCUGUCAGCCGAGCACUACCUGCCCGUCUUCGCCCACCACCGCAUCUCGCUGGACGUGCUGAGCCGCAUGAGCCCAGGGGACCUGGCCGAGGUGGGCGUCUCAGAAGCCGGCCUGCAGCACGAGAUCCUACGGAGAGUCCAGGGACUGCUGGACACUGCUAGGACCCCGCCAGAACUGAAACCACCCAAGGGGGAGGUCCUUGGAGUCUCAGAGCCUCCCUCAGCCCCCCAGGAGCCUCCUGAGGCAGUGAGACCAUCAGCACCCCCUGAAGAGCUGGAGGCGCAGACCUCAGAAUGUGUCGUGUGCCUGGAACGGGAGGCUCAGAUGAUCUUCCUCAACUGCGGCCACGUCUGCUGCUGCCAGCAGUGCUGCCAGCCGCUGCGCACCUGCCCGCUGUGCCGCCAGGAGAUCGCCCAGCGCCUGAGGAUCUACCACAGCGGCUGAGCGCCGCCCACCCGGCCCGGCCUCUCUGCGGGUCCUGCCUCUGCCACUGCAAGCCCGGUCAGCUCACCCCCCGCCAUAGCCGGACGAGCACGAGCUCCACUCCCCAUCAUCCCGUCCAGACCCUUUUCCCACAGCUGGGAGCCCUACAACCCUGCCUCCACUCCCAGCAUGCUUGGGCCCAGUAGGGGGCACACCCGACCCAUGCCAUAGCUGGUCUGAACUCUGUGGAUAAAAAGGGUGAUUGAUGGUGCUGGGGGCGGGGCCCAGGGUCUGGGGUAUGGCUGCCAGGCUUCUGCUUGAGCUGGGGAACGAGCACUUGGUCGAGUGGCGGCUUUGGCACUCCCCCACUGAGUGUGGGCCGGGAGCUGAGCGUCCUCAGCUGUGGACCACACCCAGUACCAUCCCAGUAGGGGGUGGCAGGAGGGCCCUGGCCAGGGUUGGGGAGGACAUGGGUGAAGCUGCUGUGUGGGGCAGCCAGGCAAAGUGUCCGGGGCAGACCCUCCUGCCCCUUCUUUGCUACCCCGAGUGUCCCGGGCCCCUCCUGCCCUCCACACCUGCACCUGUCACCCCACGCAGUGCCGCCCAAAGCAGGGCUGUCAAUAAACCCAUCUUCAGUGCGCC